UGUGGCGGCUCACACCUGUCAUCUCAGCACUUUGGAAGGCCCAGGCGGAAGGAUCUCUUGACGUCAGACUUCCAAAACAGCUUGGGUAACACAGCAAGACCCCGUUCCCAGGCUGUGGGCAAAGCCGGGCGCGGUGGCUCACGCCUGUAAUCCCAGCACUUUGGGAGGCCGAGGUGGGCGGAUCACCUGAGGUCAGGAGUUCGAGACAAGCCUGACCAACGUGGUGAAACCCAUCUCUACUAAACAUACAAAAAUUACCCGAGCGUAUUGGCGGGCGCCUGUAGUCCCAGCUACAUGGGAGGCUGAGGCAGGAGAAUCGCUUGAACCCAGGAGGCGAAGCUCGCAGUGAGCCGAGACUGCGCCACUGCAUUACAGCCUGGGUGACAAGAGAGAGACUCCCGUCUCAAAAAAAAAAAAAAAAAAGACACCUUUCUUUGGGCUUAGCGAGCAAACAUUCUACGCAAUGCCUAAUAUAAGCCGGCCCAGGCACCACCCAAGCCUUCGGCCAGGACUGUUUUCCCGUUUCGAGAAGGCUCCAUCACACUCCACACGGGAUCCAGUCAACAGCCGUUCCAAACAUGGCGCGGGCAGGGGUGGAAGACAAGCCAGCGCGACGCCGUCCAGCCUCAUCCCCGGGGCACAAAGGGGAGACUAAUCUCCAGGAAACUCGGGGUACAGAAUCGAUAACCCCACAAGAAGCUAGUCCACGAGUGGGCCUUGAGGAAAAAGUAGGUCGGGCACAAGCGAGCUGUUCAGACGCAGUUCACAUCAAACACUCGCGGACAACACAGCAAGAUGAAAACGGCCCCGUGCGCAGGCGCGCGGAACCACGACUAGCGCGCUUGGGCACGACCCCUCCUGCUUCCCUCAAAGGCCAAGGAAGUUGCUCCGACGCGCUUGCGCGAGGACAGAAUGUUGACGGGAGGGGGAAUUCUUUCCCUUCAUUGUCAGAGAGAACCGCCCCCGCACGGCGAGCGCGCGCUCGCUCACGCACCACUCUCACACUCCGGCGCGCCGAGGGCUUUCCGCCUGGCGUCUCGCGCAUGCGCGGAGGGGGAAGCGGUGGCGAAAUCGGAUGCUUUUUGCUGAGUUUCUCAGAGAAGUUUCUGGAAAGAUGGAGCCAAAGGGACGCUGGGGGGUGGGGAGCGCAAGGAAGCAAGCGUUUGAAAGAAAGCGAAAAACCCCAAGCACACCGCGACACCUCCAACCUUCGAGCCACGGCCCAAGCAGAGCCCAAGGCCACUGAGACCCUCACGCCAGAGAAAAAGCACAGGGACCGCGGCAGCCGCUCCUCUCUCUGCCACUGCUCAGCCCCCGAGACUCCCCAGCACGGGGAGAGGGCAGGGGGUAGCCAUGAGAAACCUAGAGCGCUCAUUGGACGUUUGCGAGGUGGAAGGAAAGCCGAAACCCGCCCUUUGGAGCCGCCUGUGCGCACGGGCCCCCUCGAGUGGGCUCAGUACGUUAGGACUCAGCGUGGCCGCCAAAGCAUUGGUUGGAGGCGUCUUUCACUAAUUUUUCCUAGGUUUUCCCUCUUAUCGGGCUCUGUGGUCCUUUCACCACUCGUCUUCACUUUGGUGGCCUGACGCUAACGCUGCGAGUUGGGGAAACCGUAGUAACCCCGGGCCUGAGGGGCGUCCCGGGCGGCGGUGCUCCGUUGCUUCCAGCGGUUGCCCGUUUAAGAAAAAGCCCCCCGGAGAGGGGCCCGUGUGGCUGAGUAAAGGUGGCGUGCGCCCGCACAAAGGCGCCGCGUUGUUGGCGGGUUCCGGACCCGGUUGCCCCUGGGCGGGGCGGCGUGGGAAGACCGGGACGCCUGGGCGGGGAGAACGACGUUGGCGCUAGCGGGGCCGGGCAGGGGGAGGGAGCCACGGCAUUUAGCAGGUGCUUCUCCGCGACCGAGCGACUGCCAUUUUGUGGCGCGGCCGCCGCCAUUUCGCGCGGCCGAGGGGCGGGGUGUGGGCGGAGCGGCGGGCGCGCCCGGGCUGUCCCUCGGGGCAGCGGGCUAACGCGGCCGCUUUGUUCUUCGCUGCUCGGCUCGAGGCCCCAGUCUCGACCGCCGACCGCCUCGGAACCGGGCUGCGUCCGAGCUGCCACGCGGCGUGUGAACCUUGAAGCGCGGCCGGGGAGUCCGCAAGGCGCCCACUCUCUUCCUCCUUGCAAGCCCUUCGAAAGUGAGAUUUCUCACCCCACCCUUGCAGGGUGGAGAGAACACGUUUCAAAAAGGGGAUGCCUAGAACUCAGCCGUGGGAAGUGGCUGUCUAAAGCCUUGUGCUGGUGCCAGUAGCAAACCUGUGCGCGUGCUCGGCUUUGAGCGAUCAUGGAGUUCUGCAAAUAGCUCAACUGCAGAGCGUGCCCCUUAGAGCUCCUGUGCUGCUGGGAGGCCUCACAAAGGUGCCAAAACCAGGUGUCCCCAGCGGUUGACCUCUUUAAAAAGAAAAAAAAAAGGCGGAGUGGGAUGUCCUUGACGUGCUGGAAGACGGAGUAGAAUGAGACGUUGCUUUUCAUUGGCUGGCCGUUAAGCACGCACUGCGCAACUGUUUUCCAGAUACGGGUUUAUAGCCUGUUAUUUAUAUCGGAGCCAUAAACUUGAACAAUAGAUUGGAAUAUCUUAUUUCUGCCUGUUGAGAACAUCUCCCAUUUAACUUCUUUUGAAAGUUCAGAUGAGUAUGUAAAUAAUACAUUGACCCAGUAGAAUCUACUGUAUGCGUUCCAGCGUCAUUUCAAAUCCUGAAAGAGCUGCUGUUUUUCUCAUUUCAAAAGAAAUAUUUAAAUGUGAGUCUUGGUGUUUUAAUGUUAACUUUGUGGUUCGAAAUCAACAAAGCCAGGAAAUUCAAGAGAACUGCUGCUAAAUUUGUCUUCUCCCUUUGCUUUCGUACAAGGGUUUUUUGUUUAAUUUUUUUCUUUUAAGUUUUUCUUUACCACAGUGUGAGUACAUAGAAGAGCCAGCCGUUUAUAUUCUUACUAUGUAUAAUUGUAGGGAGUUAUUUCAGUAACAGGAGGUAAAGCUCAUAAUGAUAGGAUGAAAAGGUAAAAGAACAUCUAUUGAAGGAAUCGAUCAGGAUUUGAUGGCUUCCAGAUGAAAGAAAUAUCUGAGAAGAGGCUUUUGGAUUCCAAAUAAUUUAGUUUCAUUAUGACCAAAAGCACUGCAUAGAGCUUUAAAUUUUUAUACCGUAUCUUUUGACAUCAACUAUCCUUUUUUUUUUUUUUUUUAAGACAAGGUCUCUGUGUCGUGCAGUAACGAAAUCACAGCUCACUGCAGCCUCGACCUCCCUGGACUCAGGUUAUCCUCCCACCUCAGCCUCCUGAAUAGCUGAGAAUAGGCGCGAAUCACCACGCUGGGCUAAUUUUUUUUUUUUUUUUGAAGGAGGCUCGCUCUGUCACCCAGGCUUGAGUGCAGUGGAUCUUGGCUCACUGCAACUUCCGCCUCCCGGGUUUAAGUAGUUUUCCUGCCUCAGCCUCCGGAGUAGCUGGGACUACAGGCACGCCUCAGCACGCCUGGCGAAUUUUUGUAUUUUUAGUAGAGAUGGGGUUUCACCAUGUUGGCCAGCAUGGUCUCGAUCUCCUGACCAAGUGAUCCGUCCGCCUCGACCUCCCAAAGUGCUGGGAUUUCAGGCAUAAGCCACCGUGCCUGGCGCUGGGCUAAUUUUUUAACCUUUUGUAGUGACGGUUUCACCAUGUUGCCCCUGUUGGUCUUGAGCGUCUAGGCUCAACAGAUCCUCUCAAAGUGUUGAGAUUACAGGCGUGAGUCACCGCGCCUGGCCUAUCCUUCCUUUUGGCAGUGAGAGCUUACAGAUUUUUUUUUUAAAUGAUGUGUUUUUUUUUUCUUUUUUGUCUGCACAAUGAAAAUGAAAUAGUUUAAAACUAUUAGUUUUAGUGGAAAUUUGGAAUCUGUUACAGUAGCCUGAUAACUCAGGCAAAUUAUUAUGGCUCUAAUUAGCUGGGCAGUUUAGAUUCGAAGAAUGAUUGCCCAGCACUUGAACAGACUAGAAGGGUCUGUUUAAACACUCCUAAUUCCUGGGGUUCAUUUUUAUUUAUAAAACACAUACUUUGGGCCAGGCGCAGUGGCUCAUGUCUGUAAUCCCAGCACUUUGGGAGGCCAAGGCGGGCGGAUCACGAGGUCAGGAGAUCGAGCCCAUCCUGGCUAACACGGUGAAACCCUGUCUCUACUAAAAAAAAAAAAAAAAAUACAAAAA